AUCGCGGAAGCGAUUCGGUCGACGCAGCCCAUAAUGCAACUAUCAGAAAAAAGUAUAAACAGACGUUCAUGAUGGCGGCUGACAGUGACCCGGAGUCCGAGGUCUUCGAGAUCACAGAUUUCACCACUGCGUCCGAGUGGGAGAGGUUUGUGUCCAGAGUGGAAGAGGUGCUCAACGACUGGAAGCUAAUUGGGAACAAUGCAAGCAAACCUCCCGAGAAGGGUGAAUACACCACUGGUACCUGGGAGGAGAAGACCCAGGAUAUCAACUUUGCUGAUUUUAAAUUCUCUGUAACGCACCACUACCUCAAGCAAGAAUCUGAGGAAGGAGAGGGGAAGGAGCAACCUGAGGAGGAUGCCUUCCCCACAGCCAUGCAGGACCUGCUCUGUAUGAACAAUGACUUCCCACCCAGAGCCCACUGCCUUGUCAGAUGGUAUGGCGUUCGUGAGUUUGUGGUCCUUUCCCCUGGGACCAACUGUGAAGCGGUCAUCAGUGAGUCCAAGUGCAAUCUGCUGCUCAGCUCAAUCUCCAUCUCUCUGGCCAACACCGGCUGCCAGGUACCUAUGUUUGUCCAGAUCCAGCAGAAGUGGAGGAAGAUGUAUCAUGGGGAAUGCCAGGGCCCAGGGGUGCGUACAGACUUUGAGAUGGUCCACCUCCGCAAGGUCCCCAGCCAGUACAACCACCUCUCUGGCCUGCUGGACAUCUUCAAGUCUAAGAUAGGCUGUCCCCUGACUCCUUUGCCUCCCAUCAACAUCGCUAUCCGCUUCACAUAUGUCCUGCAGGACUGGCAGCAAUAUUCCUGGCCUCAACAACCCCCUGACUUCGACACUCUUCUCGGAGGUGAGGUGGGAGGGGUGGAGUUCGGGAAGCUGCCAUUCGGCGCGUGUGAGGAUCCAAUCAGUGAGCUUCACCUAGCCACCACCUGGCCCCACCUGACCGAAGGCAUUGUGGUCGAUAACGAUGUGUACUCUGACCUGGACCCGCUCCAGGCCCCGCAUUGGUCAGUCCGAGUCAGGAAAGCAGAAAACCCGACGUGCUUGCUCGGUGACUUCCUGACCGAGUUCUUCAAGCUGUGCUCAAAGAAGGAGUCUACAGAAGAUAUCCUGGGGCGGGCUCCAAUCGAGGAGGAAGGCAAAGACGACAUCAGCCACGCUCUGUCUAAACUGACAGAGCCCGCGGCCGUACCCAUCCCCAAGCUGUCCGUCUCCAACAUGGUGCACAGCGCACGAAAGCGCAUCAGCCGGCACCGCCGUGUCGACGAGUCGCCGCUUAGCAACGACGUGCUCAACUCCAUACUGCUGUAUCUCUUUCCAGAUGCCGCGGUCGACAAGUCCUCGUCAGAUAACAGUGAAAGCAAGGCUGCUCAAGCGAACACUGAUGGGAAACCAGAAGAGAAGGAUUCUGACGACUGCAACCUGUACAACCAGCUCAAGUCUGCUCCCAGUGACAGUCUGACAUACCGCCUGGCUCUGUGUGUUUGCCUGGUUAACUUCUACCAUGGGGGGGUCAGGGCUGUCGCUCACCUAUGGCAGGAGUUUGUCCUGGAGAUGAGAUACCGCUGGGAAAACAACUACCUUGUCUACGGACUGGCCAGUGGUCCACCAGACCUGCGCUGCUGUCUCCUGCACCAGAAGCUCCAGAUGCUCAACUGCUGCAUCGAGAGGAAGAGAGCGAGGGACGACGGGAGGAAGAGCGCGGAAGGAGGGAGGGAGAGGAAGGUGUCAGGGUCAUCCGGUACUGAGAACGGGCGUCUGAGGCCGGACAGCGCGGCGGCGGCGGAGGGAGGGAGAGAGGCGUCACCCGGCAAGUCCUGGGACUCGUGGAGCGACAGCGAGGGCGAGGAGGAGUUCUUCGAGUGCCUGAGUGACACGGAGGAGAUUAAGGAAAAUUCGUCCGUUGACGAAGAGAGGGGCGGUGCCAAGGUGGUCAAACCAGAGGGUCGGCUCCACCCGCAUGGGAAGUUGACCCUGCUUAACUCCCAGGAACCCCUGUACAUCCCCGUCACUCAGGAGCCGGCGCCCAUGACAGAGGACCUGCUGGAGGAGCAGUCAGAGGUGUUGGCUAAACUGGGAACGUCGGCUGAGGGCGCCCACCUCCGCGCCCGGAUGCAGAGCGCCUGUCUGCUCUCAGACAUGGAGUCUUUUAAGGCGGCGAACCCGGGUUGCUCCCUGGAGGACUUUGUGAGGUGGUACUCUCCCAGGGACUACGUUGAGGCGGAGGUGGUGGAUGACAGUGGAGACACGGUGGUCAAGGGCGACCUCAGUGCCAGGAUGAAGAUUCCGGGGAACAUGUGGAUGGAGGCCUGGGCCACAGCCAAGACCACGCCCGCUCGCAGACAGAGGCGCCUGUUUGAUGACACCAAGGAGGCGGAGAAGGUGCUCCACUACUUGGCAGUUCAGAAACCAGCAGACCUGGCCCGCCAUCUCCUGCCCUGUAUCCUCCAUGCUGCCAUCCUCAAGGAGAAGGAGGAGGAGUCAGUAGAGGACAUCCUAUCGGCUCGAAAGGCCAUCCAGCAGGCAACCUCUCACGCCAGUAAGCUGCUGCGCCACCCCAGCCCAGACUACAAGAAACUGGAGGACGUGAUCGGCCAGCUGAUGGCGGUGGAGACGGUCAUUGCCCGCUCCCGCUCUCUGAAGGCCAAGUUUGGCAUCGGCAAGGCCGAGCAGGGAGACGGCGCAGAGGACCUGGAGAGGUUUGUGAGCUCUCUGCUGGAGGAGCCCGAGGUAUCUGUGAUUGGAGCGGGCCGCGGCCCGGCCGGCAGCAUCAUCCACAAGCUGUUCGUCAGCGCUCAGAGGGUGGCUGACUUCACCUGUGAUGAGGGUUUUCUGGUCGAUGUGGAGGCGGCCCUGUUGGCUCCGCUGGAUGAAGACAUAGGACGUGCGGGCGGAGCGGAUGACAGAAAGCCACCGGGAGGUGCCAUUGUGCCCGACUUCCCUCCCCCCGCAGGGCGUGAGAUUCUGCUGCGUACUUGUGUCCCGCGGCCUGCGCCCUACUCCAAAGCCCUCCCCCAACGCCUGUUCUGUGUCCUGCUGAGAGAAGACUUCAGACUUGCUGGGGCCUUCUCAUCCGAUACCUCUUUUUUCUGAGAAAGGGAUAGGGAGGGAGUGGCUAGUCUGGAUGACGAACCACCGUGUCACUUGGCGGUCUGACGGGCAUCGUAGAUUCUGCGUGUGCUGCAUCCCUUUAUGGGUGGAGCUAAUUGUUUGGUUCAUAACCGAAGCCAUAAGCUCCACCCAUCUUGGGGCUCUGGCAGCUCAAAUGUGUCCUGGGAGGAUCAGAAAAAACAGAAUGAUGUGCUGGCGAGCAGCCCUUACUUAUGACAUCAUCACAGGGGGACAACUCAUGUCAGACUGUUGGUUGCUUCCCCCUGUUAAGUUAAUUGUGAUUCAUUCCAUUUGAUGACUGAGACUAAAGUCUGGGCCUGCUCGUUUGAUAUAUGUAUUAUGAGCAUUUUCUAUCCAUUUGUUAUUCUGUUGACUUUUGUUAUUUUCCUCCUUGUUAAUUUCAUUGUUGAUUUAGGCUUUUCAGUUAUUUGAGAAAUGGACUGUACUCAACUGGGAACUGAGCUUACUAGAACUGUUGCAUAGUAAAAUAAAUGUCAUGCUUUUUAUUGUGUAGAGUUCCAGGUUGCCCAAUCAGUCAUUAGUUGGAAGCUGUAGCCCCUUAGAGUCUCACAACGCUGUCUGGUUUGUAGCCCAAGACACACUCCGCUAAUUGCUCUGCACAGUAUACAGUUAUUAGUUAGCAUUUCUCGCUAUCUCAAUGCUUAUUCAUGUACAUGCAAACAUCAUAGGUUUUCCCUUGUCGACUAAAUGUAUUAAAUCCUGGUUGAAAGUGCAAUUACAUAUUCUAUAUUGUAAAGACGUAGCCUUACAUAUAAUAGCAGAGGGGCAGUUGUGCUAUUUAGUGUUGUUAGUGCAGUUUCUAUGAAGAAGGACGUUAAGUGCUAUUAAUUGUUCAAAUUGCAUUUCAGUAAUUGAGUAAUUCAAUGCAAACUAGCCUGGGUAUCAUUUUCUUUAGCUCCUGUUCUCCAUGUCAUGUGCCAAAGACAAUGACAAGAGUGACAUGGAUUAGUGUUCGCUAAGGAGACUAGUGCUAAAUGCAGACAUCCUUUUCUAAUAUGUCGGUAUUUGACUGAAGGGAUGGAUUCAAACUGUGGAGCUAGCCAAAGUCUGUAUAUGUCAAAUAACUGUUGGUUGUAAAUGUCUCCUGGUUUACAUGAAUAAAAAACAAACAUUUUACUUCAACUCUAAAA